AUGUUCAGUUUUGAAGGGGAUUACAGAAGAAAGCCCCAGCAGAAUUUAGCUGGUGCCAGCAAGAGGAAUGAGAAGUCAGUGUUACUUCAGCAUGCUCACCUUGAGCGGAUGAAACGUGAGGAUAUUAGGAGGCGGAACAAUGCUGCUCUCAAGAUCCAGGCUUACACUAGGAGUUUUUUAAUUCGUCAGUCAAUUAAGCGAAAGAGUCGCCAGGAGUUUGAUACUGCUAGAUCUCAACAGACUGUUAAAUUUAUAACUGCAGAUGGUCUGGUUCCUUACAUUAAAAAUUUUCUAUUUUUUUAUCAACCGACUGUGGACUUGCAGAGGUUUAAUUGGUUGCUAGAGCAAGUAUUGGCGAAUAAAAAAGACAUUUUAAUUAAUAAUAUCGAUCAAUCAACAGCAAUACCUCUCCGAGUACUAGAGACUUUUAUAAUAACAUGUGACGACUCACUCCCAAAUCAAACUCACCGUAACAAUUAUCUCCGCGACACAUUAGUAUAUUUAAUCCAAAACUCUUACUUCGGAAAUUUAAUGAGUUUACUCUCGCAACAAAUUCAAUCUUUACCCACCAGUACAACAUCAGUACCUUCAACUCCCCGAAUAAAAUGUUGCAUCAACUUAAUGAAACGUCCACUAGAAUUAUGUUCAGGAUGCGAAGAAUUUUAUGUACCUGUCCUCACCCAAUUUAUUUAUUCAAUUUUAAUCCCCCGAAUGUCCGAAGCAAUCCGUUCAUUUUUACUCCCAGCUUUAACAGAUCCCACGUGGCCAUACAUUGAACUUCUAGUCGUCAUAAACCGACUAAAUAUCACAGAACCCACAACCAGUCUUUUCUACGGUAUUUUAUCAUUAGAACCCACUAACUUCUCCGUAAGCAACGAGUACACUUUUAUCAACUACAUCCAGGUCCUAGGUUCAUUAAGUUUAACGCAAAAAGCGCCCUGGAACGUCAGAGAGUUCACCACAGAGCUAGAAGACGAUGACAAUAUGUCUACAGACAGUGGGACGAUAAUAAUAGACCAGAACCAAGACAUUUUACGGCAGUGUAUGUCGAUGCUGAACAACGACACCAGAGUCAACCGUAUCCUCAGCGCUCUGGAGUUCAGCAGCGACAAUCCCCUGGUUCUUGAGUAUGUAUGUCGCUUGUGCGACAAUUUACUUCAAACUGAUAAGCUAGCAACGCAUAAAUACAAGCUGCUCUACAUGUUAGCUUUCAAACCAGUGUUUUUGCGUCGCCUUUGGGCUACAAUGCUAUCAACACCACCUCUUUUACAAAUGAUAUCCCGGGGAAUCCCACCAAGUAUCGAAGACACUAAAAAAGUAGCACCUAUGGUCGCAGUAUUCUGCUCAUUGUUCAGCCUAUUGAUAGCUACCUUGCACGACAAUGAAUUCUUCCGGUCAGAUGAUUCGCAAAAUGACCAGAACGCGAUGCCCUUUAAUACUUCCGAGCUAGUACCGCUUUCCGGUCAUCUAAAGGACAUUUGUUUAGGUCUGGUUGAGAUUAUAUUUUCAGACACCAGGUCUACAGUCCGUGAUGACCAUAUGAGAGCAGUAAUUGGAUCAAUGGUCGACAUGGACACUGUCCAUUCUUCAAAGCACGAGACUCAGAUCUGGGAGUAUCUCUUCAAAGCGACAACUGGCUUAUUGAGGCAAUUGCACUCAAGGGAUUUAAGAAGGCAAUUUUGCCCGGAGGGCCACUGGAUCAGUUCCAAGCCAGACUUUGACCUAAUUUGGCAACGAAGGCAAGGAGUGACCGGUGGGUUGCUAAAAUCAGACAAAGAAGCGCAAAGUGGGCCUCCGCUUUCGACUAAAGAAUUAAGAGCGCUUACUUUGCUGAGAACUGUGCCGUUUAUUGUGCCCUUUAAUGAUAGGGUGAUGGUCCUUCAGUCGCUGAUUCAGAAGGACAGGUCUGACCAGCAAGGCGAGUUGUCUCACUUCAUGCAAGGUCCGGCGAUUCACAUUGCAGUGAGAAGGAGUUAUUUGUAUGAAGAUGCGCUGGAUAAACUCUCUUUGGAGAACGAGCCUGAGUUGAGAUUAAAAAUGAGGGUCCAGUUUAUUAAUACUGCUGGCGUUGACGAAGCUGGGGUAGACGGCGGGGGAUUGUUCAGAGAGUUCUUGUCUGAGUUACUUAAAACUAGCUUCGAUCCCAACCGUGGGUUUUUUAGACUUACUAAAGACAAUAUGCUCUACCCGAAUCCGAAAGUUCAUUUGUUAAUUGAUGAUUUUCCUAAACAUUACUUUUUUAUUGGAAGAAUGCUCGGGAAAGCUAUUUAUGAAAAUUUACUAGUUGAAUUGCCUUUUGCGGAGUUCUUUUUGUCAAAGAUAGUAGGCACACAUUCGGACGUUGAUAUUCAUCAUUUAGAUUCACUAGAUCCGGUGAUGUACAGGAAUCUUUUGUACUUGAAGAGCUACAAGGGUGAUGUUGCUGACUUGGGUUUGGACUUUACUGUUCUGUCUGAUGAAUUAGGAGAAAGAAGAGUUGAUGAACUUAAACCUAAGGGCUCUCAAAUUCCUGUUACUAAUGCCAAUCGCAUUGAGUACAUUCAUCUGAUGGCUGAUUACAAACUUAAUAAGGAAAUUAGACCUCAGUGUUAUGCUUUUAAGCAGGGACUUGCUAAUGUUAUUCCGCUGGAGUGGCUGCAGAUGUUUAAUAAUAAAGAAAUGCAGGUUCUUAUUUCUGGAGCUCAGAUUCCUGUUGAUGUGGAGGAUUUGAAGCAGCAUUGUAAUUACACUGGUGGUUACACUCCGGAGCAUCCGACUAUCAACGCUUUUUGGAGCGUUGUUGGGAAGUUUAAUAAUAAACAAAAGGGACAGCUGCUUAAGUUUGUUACCAGUUGUAGUAGACCUCCUCUGUUGGGAUUUAAGGAACUUGAUCCACCGUUUUGUAUACAAAAUGCGGGGAGUUUGGAUCGCUUACCCACGUCUAGUACCUGUAUGAAUCUGUUGAAAUUACCGGAGUUUCCUGAUGAAGUGACUUUAAGGGAAAAAUUACUUUACGCCAUACAAGCUGGUGCCGGGUUUGAGUUGAGUUAA